CCCGGUCGCGGCCGGCUACGACAUUUAUUUUAAAAUGUGAGAAAUGUAAAGAACAGUUUAAUCCUAGAAGCAAGCUGUGGACCUUGAGAUCACAGUGGGCACAUGACUAUGGCACAGACAUAUAGUAGGCUUACAGUAUGUUCUGUUUUGUUGUGGAGUGACGUGGCAUGUCUGAUUUGAACUUCCUAGCCAGCAGCCGAGACAACUUCCUCGUAUGGUAGUUUUCUUUUGGUCAGGCAGUCAGCAUGUCGAUUUCGGGCCAUGCUUUUAGAAUGUUGAGUCGACUCGGUAACCUGACAGGUGGAGACUGAGAAGCGCACAGGUGGAGACUGAGAAGAGCACAGGUGAACUGCCAUCGUUUACAAGAUGAGCUACUACAGUGAUACGCCAAGUGUCGACGAUGAGUUGGAGUCGCUAGAGUAAGAAUGUCUUUCUUAUAAUUUUGCCUAUUCGUAAAUCUUAUUUUAGAGCCUAUCUGAUCAAAAGGAAAUUAAAGUAUUCUUCAUAGGUAGUGCGUUUUAGCAUUGUUCAGGAAGGAACGCUAGGCCAAGAUCUGAAAGGCGUUCUAGAGAAGGAAAUCCCUUCACUAGGCAUCAUGGUAUUGUUUUCAACCCCAAACUUAAAAAUGAAUGAUAUAAAGCCAUUGAAUCUUAAAUAAUAUAAUUUAAAUGCCUAAUAUAAGCUAGUUCAACUGUAAUAUAAGCUAGUUCAACUGUACCCCAAGAACCCAAGAUAUAAGCUUGUUUUACUCCAUUGUUUGUUAAUAAUAUAAUUGUAAACAAACACGGUAUAGUUUCAAACUAUUUUUAUCGAAUGGGUGUCCUUGCAUAUGUAGCUCCGUAGAUUAAUUUGAGUGGUUACAUUUCUCUAGCUCUAGCUCCAUCCUUCACCUGUUUACCAAAAAAGAAGUGGGGUGACUGCUUUAUUGUUGUUUGAAUUCCAAACUGCCUCUUUGAAUGAAGGCAAAAUAAAUAUUCAAGUUCUCACUACAUGUCAUUCUGUUGUACCUAUUCUAGUGCAGGUGUUGGCGCUGAGUUUAUUGAAGUGUGAAAUAAAUUCCACUCUGCCAUCUGCAAUGCAAAUACCCAACUUUCACAUCUACAUUAGUUGCGGUGAUUUUUUCUGCAGCUGUCUUGUUUGUUUGGGGGGAAACAGCUUUGAAGUGACCUCUAAAGUGCCUUUGCAUGGUGAAGUCACUUGAGAACAAUUGGUCAGUGUUUCUUACACACACACACACACUGCAGCGGUUCAUUACAUGGUGGCACUUUACUUUUCAGAUCUUACGGUGUGUGCAUGUUUCUCUUGUCAGUAAUUAUUUGGGUUUAACAUGCACUUCCUGCUAGUCUAUUGCACCUUAGCGGUACAUCACUUCACACCCAGUGACAUGUCUGCUGUGGAUUUCAUGAGUCUGCUCACCACUCACAUUAGUGAUGCAUGUCUGUUAGCUGCUGUACUCUGAUUGGCUUUGUCCGUCUUCCACCUCUCCCAGAUGGUACCACUUUGACCUGUCCCGCCAUGCCGCUGAAGCUCUCCUCCUAUCCAAUGGGAAGGAUGGCAGCUAUCUCCUCCGAAACAGUCAUGAUGGUCCUGGCAGCUUCGCCCUCUCUGUCAGGUGGGCCUACCUAACCCGUCCCUCUUAAAAAGUAAAAGGUCUCCCUCCCUCUUCCAUGCCCCAUUUCAGAUGGAUUCCCAUUCACCACAUGCUUGUUUCUGUCCUUAUACAGAGCCAAGGAUUCAGUUAAACAUUUCCAUGUGACACGGAAAAGCAAUGGCUACGCUUUCGGCUUCAAUGAGUUUGCGUCCUUCCAGGACUUUGUCAGCCAUUUUGCCAACCAACCUCUGCUGGGCAGUGAGACAGGUUGGCUUGAGACCAGUCCUUCAGACCUUACUGAAUCCUAACUCUAAACAUUAACCAUUUCCUAGCUGUUUAUUUAUAUUUUCAAUGACUGAAAUAUAUCCCAUGGUAUACCCUCAAGACCCCUAACAUGAACCUUGACCUUUCACUCAACCAGGUACCCUCAUUGUCCUUAAAUGCCCGUAUCCAUGGCGUGUAGAAGAGCCGUCCAUCUAUGAGUCUGUGCGGGUUCACACAGCCAUGCAGACAGGACGAACAGAGAGCGACCUGGUGGCUAACGCUCCAUCGGUAUGAUCACAAGCUCAUUUAUUAGUGAAGCAAACACAUGGGUUAAUCAUAACAACAUAAUUACUUAGGUCAAGUAUCACAAACCUCAUGAGAUGACAUUGUUUUUUAUUGAUUUUGUUCACAGUUUGGAACAAAGGAGGGCUAUCUGGUAAAGUUAGGAGCAGUCGUAAAGGUGAGAGAAAUACACAGCUGUACAGGCCAGGUUUAAAGUUGUUCUGGUUGAAAGACUUUCAAUUUAUGGUAUUUUUUCAGAACUGGAAGCAGAGGUGGUUCACAUUAAACAGAAAUGAACUCAAAUACUUUAAGGACAAAAUGGUGAGUAGAAACCAUAUCUCUGAUAGCGGUCAUGGUUUAUGAUGCAGAUGUAAUAUCAUGAAUAGCUAGAUUUUAUUUAAUGUCAGUGUUUGUGACAGGAUGAUGUUGCCAUCUCUCAUUUGCUCUCCUGUCUUAGUUUGAUGAGCCUAUUCGCACCCUGGAUCUGACAGCAUGCUCUGCAGUCCAGUUUGACUACUCCAAGGACAGAGUCAACUGCUUCUGGUGAGCGCCAAUCCAUUGAGCCAAGAGUGGGCCUACCAACUCUGGUGAUUAAGGCCUUUACAGACUUUUGACUAACUAUUGACUGACUAUUAAUAAUACUGUUUUGACUAUAAUACACUGCUGUUAAAGGUCAGCCUUUCCUUCAGGUUUUUUUUUGCCACUGGCGCUAGUUUCAAUGUUCAAUCUUGAAUUUGGUAAACCUCAGUAGGCAUUUUUAAACAUGUUAUCUGUUGAUUUCACUUCCGCUUACAGAGGAAUAUAAAAUAUGGAUAGUGGUGACCGAUGGCAGUGGCAGAUAAGAGGAAGUGGAACCAGAGUGAUGACAGGAGAAGUCCUAACCUCCACUCGGCUAUUUUCUUUUGUUGCUGGGUCUCUUUCUGUAUCUGUUGAUAUUAAACCUUGCAUUAAUACUCAUUCGGUCUCUUAUUUAGUUUGGUGUUCCCUGAGAGGACAUUUUAUCUGUGUGCCAAGAGUGGUGUGGAGGCAGAUGAGUGGAUCAAGAUAAUACGAUGGAAACUGGUGAGCCCAUAAUCCACUAUCACUAUUCAAAUGUAUAAAACAGAAACAAAGCUUGAACUGGCUACCUUAAUCCAAAUGCUUAACUAAUGGGGGUAGAGCCUAAAAAAUGAAUGAAUGUUUAUCGUUUUCAGUCACAGAUAAGAAAAGGAAAAUGACAACGUGAAGUGGAUGAGCUGUGACCGAUGUCAGACAAGAGGCAUAUUCCCACAGUGAACUAAUUGAUCUUAACCUUAAGUCUGGUAGCUUGUCACUCCUGUUAUCCACAGAUAUCCUCUCUGCUCCCAAGACAAAAGUCAAUGGGGCUCUCUGACCAUCAAAAAAAGAAUGUCCAUUUUUGACAAUGUAAUUUUCAGGACAUGCACAAUGACAAUGUUUUGGAUCUAAUCUUUUUUUUUUUAUAUAGACUUAAGUUCCUCCAGGAAUUGUAUUUUCUCUAGAUUGACUGACAUCUUCACUAGUUGACAUUUACUUGAUCUUAAUUUUACUUAACAAGAUGUAACCCUCAUACUGUGAAUAAAUAUUUAUUUUAAUAAAGAAAUUAGCAA